AUGGGCGUCGAGGAGGUGAACGGUGCGGCAGAUGUUUCAAAAGAGACCCCUGCGACAAGAGACACCCUUGAUGAUGCUUCUGCAGUUCAUAGAGCGAAGCUAGAUGUAGCCAACACUGGCGCUGACCAAACUUUUACACCUCGGUGGGACUACUGUGAUUCUAGCGAUGAAGAGGAUCUGCGCAACACGAUUGGCAAUGUUCGGAUCGGCUGGUAUGAUGGAUUCGGACACGUAGGUUAUGAUUGGUCUGGCAAAAAAAUUCUAAAGCCUGCUCAGAAGUCGGAAAUCGACAAGUUUCUUGAAACCCUUGAAGACCCUAACUACUGCGCUAUCACUACUCUUACGAUGUUUUACAGGCGUAAAGUCACUGACAGACAGACCGGUCGCGACGUUGUUCUCAAUGAUCACGACGUCCAAGUAAUUCGAAACAUCAGCCAUGGCCGUUUUCCAGUUCCGGGUUACAAUCCGUAUCAGGUAGAAAAGUUGGCCAAAGCGAUUCAGAGUGGCCGAAUCAAACCAAAAGUUGAGAAAACAACAGUAAAGAAGCAUGAAUUUUAUGAUUUAUGGACAGGAGAAACCCAACUGACCAGAAACCAGCAAGCUAGAAUGAAGAUGGCCAUUCCUGCUCCGAAAAUGCACUUGCCAGGCCAUGAGGAAUCAUAUAAUCCUCCAACGGAAUACCUUUUUACUGAAACAGAGAUAGAGAAGUGGAAAAAGUCAGAGCCGGAGGAACGUAAACUCGACUUUAUCCCGCUCAGUGUUGAUCCAAGCGAUUUGUUGCCGAAGUUGCCCAAAGCUAGCGACCUGCAGCCGUUCCCAAGCGAAUUUAUCUUGGUAUACCGUGGUCAUACAAAAAUGGUGCGAGCAGUUACCGUUGAUCCAAGCGGACAAUUCGUUGCAUCAGGAAGUGAUGAUGAAACAGUCAGGAUUUGGGAGGUUGUCACUGGCCGCUGUUUGCGAGUCUUCCACGUGAAGGGUACUAUCAAUUCAAUGGCAUGGUGUCCUAACGUCAAGCUCACCCUAAUCGUUUUGGCAGUGUUUGUUAGAAACGUAAAGCAGGUCACUUGGCACGCAAAAGGCGACUAUUUCGCAGCCGUGAUGCCUGAUGGCGGCAGCAGUUCGGUUGUUGUUCAUCAGUUGUCGAAGCUAAAGUUUCAGGUUGUCAAUGUUUCUUUGUUUCUUCGCUUUUAUCACAGGGCGUUUCAGUAUCCUUUCUCGAAAAAUAAAGGAUUUGUCCAGAAGAUUAUCUUUCAUCCGUUACGUCCGUACUUUUUCGUUGCUACCCAGCGGCAUAUUCGUAUUUACAAUCUUGUCAAGCAGCAAAUGAUAAAGAAACUGGUGGCAAACUGCAAAUGGAUUUCAUCCAUGGCUUUGCAUCCUAAAGGUAAAUUGAUUGCUGUUCAAUGCUUUCAUUCGGCAGCUGUCAGAUCUGUCGCGUUUCAUAAUCGUUAUCCUCUGUUUGCUUCUGUUUCUGAUGAUGGUACGGCGACCAUCUGUCAUGGCAUGGUUUACAACGACCUUAUGCUAAAUCCGCUAAUUGUUCCCGUUAAAGUUUUGCGCGGCCACAAGGUUGUUAACAAUUUUGGAAUACUUGAUUGCGCAUUUCACCCAGUUCAGCCGUGGCUGUUUACCUGCGGUGCCGACGGUACGGUUCGACUAUAUGCAUGA